CGGCUGCUUGAUCCUCUAGCUGUCAAAAGAAAGGCUCUUUUCAGGAGGAAGAAAGCUUUCUGAUUGAGCAUUGGAUUUGAACUUAAUUGAAACCUUAUGUGUGGCAUGUGGAAUUCUGGGACUUUGGCACGCUCCCAAGAAUCCACAGAAUGUGAAGGGGUUUUUUCUGCCCUCCUCUCUUGCUCUCCUUCCCUCUUUCUCUCCUCUCUCUCUUUUUUUCCCUGCGUGCAGGGGUGUCUUACAUCAGCCCAGUGAGCGGCGGUGGAGGCGACUGACUGAUAAAGAGAAGGGCUCGUAUUGUAACAUCCAGCUGUCCUUGACUCUCAGUGGAAUAACCUAAAUCCAUCGCUGAACAAAUGGUCUGAAAGGAUAAAACAUCUUAGAAAUUGGAAGCCUGUCUCUGUGCAUGUGUUUGGAAUGAAGCACCUGUGGGACAUUCACUUCCUCCUGCUCGUCCUCCUCUACCUGUUAGGAGCCGUCACAUCACAGGUCAACCCAGGUGUGUGUCGCUAUCCUCUGGGCAUGUCAGGAGGGCAGAUACAGGAUGAAGACAUCUCUGCCUCCAGCCAGUGGUCCGAAUCUACUGCUGCUAGAUAUGGCAGGUUGGACUUUGAGGAGGGUGAUGGCGCGUGGUGUCCAGAGAUAACGGUGGAGCCGGACAGCCUGAAGGAGUUUCUCCAGAUUGACCUGCGCUCGCUCCACUUCAUCACCCUUGUUGGCACCCAGGGUCGUCACGCAGGGGGCAUCGGUAAUGAGUUUGCCCAGAUGUACAAGAUUAAGUACAGCCGUGAUGGAAGCCGCUGGAUCUCAUGGAGGAACAGGCAGGGCAAGCAGGUGAUUGAAGGAAACAGAAACGCCUAUGACAUUGUGCUCAAGGACCUCGAGCCGCCCAUUAUUGCUCGCUUUGUCCGCUUCAUGCCCGUCACAGACCACUCCAUGAACGUCUGCAUGAGAGUGGAGCUCUACGGCUGUGAAUGGCUGGAUGGUCUUGUGUCAUACAACGCCCCAGUGGGAGAACAGAUGAGCUUGCCUGCUUACCCUGUUUAUGUCAACGACUCAGUAUACGAUGGAGCUAUUAUCCACAGUAUGACAGAGGGUUUGGGCCAGCUGACUGAUGGAGUGUGUGGCCUGGAUGAUUUCACACACAGUCAUGUUUACAAUGUGUGGCCCGGGUACGACUAUGUGGGUUGGAGCAAUGAUAGUUUCUCCAGUGGAUAUGUUGAAAUCAUGUUUGAGUUUGACCGCAUACGAAACUUUACCACCAUGAAGGUCCACUGCAACAACAUGUUCUCACGGCACGUCAAGGCCUUCCGCCAGGUGGUGUGCUACUUCCGCUCCGAAUCAGACUGGGAGCCCUCGCCGCUCUCCUUCAGCCCUGUGGUGGAUGAGAAAAACCCCAGUGCACGCUUCGUCACCGUCAACCUGGCCAAUCACAUGGCCAGUGCCAUCAAAUGCCAGUUCUACUUUGCGGAUGCCUGGAUGUUGUUCAGCGAGAUCACCUUCCAGUCAGAUACAGCCAUGUACAACACAACCCUGGCUCCAACAGAGGCAGGACUUCCAGCUAACACACAACCAGAAGAUGACCCCACUCACAAAGUAGAUGACAGCAACACCCGGAUUCUGAUUGGUUGUUUAGUGGCCAUCAUCUUCAUCCUUGUGGCCAUCAUUGUAAUCAUCUUGUGGAGGCAGGUGUGGCAGAAGAUGCUGGAGAAGGCCUCUCGCCGGAUGCUGGAUGAUGAACUAACUGCUAGUUUGUCAAUACAGAGUGAGACGUUCGCCUACAACCACAACCAGUCAAGUACAACCAGUGAGCAGGAGUCUAAUUCCACCUAUGAGCGCAUCUUUCCCCUCGGUCCCGACUACCAAGAGCCAUCACGUCUCAUAUGCAAGCUGCCUGAGUUUGCUCAGACAUCAGAGGAGGCUGCUUCUACAAGCACAGCAGCUUCUAAAUCCACCGCGACUUCUGUGGUUCAAGAUGGCGUCCCUCACUACGCAGAGGCGGACAUUGUAAACCUGCAGGGCGUGACUGGCAGCAACACGUACGCCAUCCCUGCAGUUACUAUGGACCUGCUGUCAGGGAAGGAUGUUGUAGUGGAGGAGUUCCCCCGAAAGCUGCUCACCUUCAAAGAAAAGCUGGGAGAGGGCCAGUUUGGAGAGGUGCACCUGUGUGAAGCAGAGGGGAUGCAGGAGUUCAUGAAUAAAGAGUUUUUAUUUGACAUCCCAGAGGACCAGCCAGUUUUAGUGGCUGUGAAGAUGCUCCGUUCGGAUGCCAACAAAAAUGCAAGGAAUGACUUCCUGAAAGAGAUAAAGAUCAUGUCGCGUUUGAAGGACCCCAACAUCAUUCGCCUGCUGGCCGUGUGUAUCUACAGCGACCCCCUCUGUAUGAUCACAGAGUACAUGGAGAAUGGAGAUCUCAACCAGUUCCUGUCCCGCCAUGAACCUGAGGGACAACUUGCUCUGCUCAGCAAUGCACCUACUGUCAGUUUCAAUAAUCUGUGCUACAUGGCUGCUCAGAUAGCGUCGGGGAUGAAGUACCUUUCCUCUCUGAAUUUUGUACAUCGAGACUUGGCCACACGCAAUUGUCUGGUGGGCAAGAACUACACGAUAAAGAUAGCCGACUUUGGCAUGAGCAGAAACUUGUACAGUGGUGACUAUUACCGCAUCCAGGGCAGAGCGGUGCUGCCAAUACGCUGGAUGUCAUGGGAGAGCAUCCUGCUGGGGAAGUUCACCACGGCAAGUGACAUGUGGGCCUUUGGGGUGACCCUGUGGGAGAUACUAAACUUCUGCAAGGAGCAACCCUACUCCCAGCUCACUGAUGAGCAGGUGAUAGAAAACACGGGGGAGUUUUUCAGGGACCAGAAAAGACAGAUCUACCUGCCUCAGCCUGUGCUGUGUCCAGACCCACUCUACAAGAUCAUGCUGAGCUGCUGGAGGAGGAACGCAAAGGAACGGCCCUCCUUCCAGGAAAUACACCGAGCCCUCCUGGAAUAACAGCCGGGACAAUGUUUAAGACAGUGCUUCCCAGUUUGCUCAUCUCUGGAAGAAAUGAUGCAUGACAAGAGUAGGCCAUGAAUCAGACACAAUCCAGGUUUAAGCUAUCUUGUUUCAGUAGAGAAACGAGGUGACAGCCACCCGUGGGCUCCAAGCUACGAUUCGGGAAACACUGUUUCAUGGAUGUACACACUACAGUGAUGGACUACCAGGAGACUUUUGUUGUGUGUCAGUUUGAGUUUAACUAGUACAAUAAAGUUGACUAAAAUGUGUUACAGACAUGCAGGUAUUCUUAAAAAAUCUACUCCGUUUUAUAGUACACCAAUCCUGAAACACACACAAAAAGGUGAUGAUGACAAGGUUUGGUUGUCACAUGUGUUGGGGAAGCCAAAGUUAAAUGUAGCAAGUGACAUUCGGCACUUUUGAAAAUGUAUUUUGAUUAUAAGUUCAAAUUUCCUGCAAAUUGGCUUGUGUUAUCUUUUGGAAGACUGCUUGAAUGUAGAAAAGUGCAGCAAAGCAUCGCUGUCACAUUUCAUUAUACUUCAAGUAUUUCAUCUCAGUUUCUUACACAAACUCCACACACGUUUAUUAUAACAAGAAAAUUUCAAGUGACUCAGAAUUUCUCAUCUCCCUCCAGUUUUCCUAAGGUGAUUUGAACAUGAAGUGUAUAUGACUGUGCAUUUUCAAUAGAUAAGUCUAAAUCUCAAAUAGCAAUAUUUUGUAUUAAUAUUUAUAUGUUAAUAUGUGUUUGUUUGCUCUGUUUACAUUCUGUUAAUGUAUGUGGCUUAAUAUGCUCUUCAAGUCAAAUUUGAUUUGAUUCAGUAACUUUCCUGCUCACACUCUGUCUCUAAAAACUGCUUCGGAAUAUUUCUUUUAUUUCCCACUGCAAACUGUUAUUUUCUUGCAUUGAUCACAAACAUAUAAUAUCAGCGAGCUCUUUGAUAACUCAUCAGAUGUUUACCAGGCAUGCAAGCUGUGCGUAGCCACAUGUGCUACGUCGGUUCAAUAGUGUGUGUUUACAGCCAGCAUCGUAGGGAAGAUGUUACUGGGUGUGUUGCGCGUCUUUAAACGAGUUAAUGCAUUUCUGCUUAUGGUUCGUCUCAGUUGAUAAAGAAAGUUCAUUGCAUUGUAAAUCAAGAAAGAAGAGGAAGUGAGAAUUCUGUGUAUAACUCUGUAGCUUGAACUUCAUACUGCAUACCACUGUUUCAGCCAGUUCAGUAGUACUUACAACCGCUGUCCACUUAUCAGAGACCUUUGUCCCACUUGUGUUGUACAUCAGCUGCACUCAUGUCUGCUCUAAUGCGAAGUCAAGAUAAGUCCUUAUCUUUCUGUUUUUUCGGGCAAAAAAUAUGCACAACUAAGUUACAUGCAAUAUCUCGGCAUAUCAUGAAACAAGUGGUGAUCAUAAUUAGAAAAGAAAAUCUUUUGCUGUUAUUCACAAUACCCUCAGUGUUACAAAUGAAUCUGAGGCAGAUGUGUAGCUGCAAAAAAAAAAAAAAAUGCAAUGGCACCCUGACGGAUUUCAUACUGAGUUUUAUUACAUAUUUGUACUCAUGUGUUUCUUUUUUUCAGUGAGAAUGUUUUUACAUUUUGUAAACAAAACUUGUACAUUGAUAGACAAAAUACAAAUAAAACUUAAACAGGGAAUUUUA